AAUUCUCAUUAGGAGCUGAUUCCCACUAAAGUUCUGAUCCUAGAAUCGCCACUUACUUUUACUACAGAAUCUGGAUAUUAUUUUGUUCCACCGCUGAAACCAACUGUGCAAACUAAUUUAAAAAAGUCGGGUUGCUGUUAAUUAGGGUGGGCUUUUCCUUUAAGGAGCUAAACCAUACUGGCCUACAUUCCCCACAAUCACACGCGGCCUAAUCCUCCGUGAAUCAGCGCGUCCGUCUAGUAGGAGCGCAUCGACAUCUGUGUGAAUCCGCUCACUGAGAGUGGAUGAGCGGGUAGAACUUGCUGCAAUAACCGGUGUUUGUUGGUCCGGAGAAGAUGUCUCUGUCGUCCUCACCGAGCACAGACGCGUCCAGCCGGAGGAGGAGGCCGACUGAAUACUGUCAUGAUCUUCCUUGGGAACAGGAUCAUCCAGCAGGAUAUGAUGGACAGAUCCAUGAUCGCCUUUGUAGAGAUCAACAACCUAAUUCAUCAGACACUCCAUCGACACACUCCACAUGUCCUGCCCUGUGCACAACAAAAUAUAUGUCAGCACACACUUGCCCAAGCCACCAUGCCUGUGAUGACAGCUGGGAGGAACUGCAAAGCAAGAGAACCAUCAGAGCAGAGAACGAAGUAGAAGCCAACAAACUGGUCAAUAACUACAGGUUUGGUUUUAGAAAAUGGAAGAGCCAUGUGACAGAGCGUCCAUUUGAAGACAGGUCAGAAGUGGUGAAAGAGCUCUACUCUGAGUUGAACGUCAUUAGACCACACACUGGUCCAGGUCAUCUCAUCACAUGUGGAAAUGUAGCGUAUGUGCUGUUGUUUGGUUGGUGGGUCUGUCUGGCGUACCUCCUGGUCAGCAUACUAAUGUUCAUUUCUGUGGCUGCUGUACCGUAUGGCCAGCUUUGCCUGAAGUUGUCCUGUUACUUCCUGUGGCCAUUUGGCAAGUCAAUCCACGAGAUUGGAAAUACAGUGAGGAGAUGUUGUGAGCAAAUGCCAGACUGUGACUGCACCAUAGAGGGGAUGGACGAUAACUCACCAGUUCUGCUGCCUUCACCCACAGAGGUUCCAGUCCCAGAGAUGCCAGGGCGACCUGUGCGCACUCCAUAUUGGCAUCGUCUUUCCACCUAUGUGUGGCUGCUGUUGGGAUAUCCUCUCUUGGUGGGCAUCCACUCCCUGGCCUGCUUCUUCUCCUGGAUCCUGGUCUUCACCAUCCCUGUUGCGAAGAUGAACGCACGCACUUUGAGCGUCAUUCUUCUUUUGGCUCCUGAGGAUGUUUCUGUCUCUACCUGUUCACAGAGGAAGCAUCAAGGCUAUGAGGCCAGAGCGCUGCUGUGCUGCUACCAUGCUACAAACUGGUACUACUACAAGUAUACUGUCGAUGGGAUUAAUGUAUUUGCUGUCAACCUCCUCCCUCUUGUAAUAAUUGCCAUGGUGAUCGGUUACAUUGACAGAGAAAACCAGUAUGCCAGCUCAAAUGUCAAAUUCGCCACAGCGGUCGGUUCCAUCAUACCUCUGUCAUAUUACAUCGGUAUGGGCAUUGCCAGCAUCUCAGCCCAGAGUAACUUUGCUGUGGGUGCAGUGGUGAACGCCACCUUCGGCUCCAUCACAGAGUUGAGCUUUUACAUCACAGCUCUGCUCAGGGGUCACCAGGCAGGCAAUCCAUGUCUGCAGGAGGUUGUGAAGGCAGCACUGACUGGCACGCUGCUGGGCUGCAUCCUCUUCAUCCCUGGUAUCUGCAUGAUAAUUGGAGGGCUGAGACACAGUGAGCAGCGAUUCAACAGCCGCUGCACAGGAGUGAGCUCUGCGUUGCUCUUCAUCUCUGUGGGAGGUGUAUUUGCCCCCACGCUGUUCUCCAAGGCUUAUGGGAACCUGGUGUGCGACGCCUGCACCAACUCUACUGGAGGAAACAGCAGUGGGCCGUUUGUCUGCCACAACUGUCAUUACGAUCUGAACAAUGGUACUUUGUUCCACAGCCAUGUUGAGCCACUGGUGUACACCGUGUCUGUGCUCCUGCCGGUUGCCUACAUCAUUGGACUGAUAUUCACACUGAAGACACACUCCCACAUUUAUGACAUUCAUGUUGGAGAAGGACAGGUGACUGGCCACCAUGGCGCAGUGGUCCACUGGUCGCGGUGGAGGUCUCUGGUCAUCCUCAUCAUGGCCACUGUGCUCAUGUCCGCCUGCGCCGACCUCGCCACUGAGCACAUCCAACCUAUUCUCAACCAGCCCAACAUCUCUCAGUAUUUCAUCGGGGUAACAGUUCUCGCUAUGGUUCCUGAGAUCCCAGAGAUUGUCAAUGGGAUUCAGUUUGCUCUCCAAAACAACAUCAGUCUUAGCUUGGAGGUGGGGAGCUGCAUCGCUGUGCAGGUCUGCAUGCUACAGAUUCCAAUUCUGGUCUUAUUUAAUGCCUUCUACGAUGUGGGGUUUGUGCUCCUGUUCAGUGACCUACACCUAUGGGCCAGCAUCUUCAGUGUUAUUCUGGUUAACUAUAUCUUCAUGGAUGGCAAGUCUGAUUAUUUUCAAGGUACAGCUCUGGUGAUCGUUUAUCUGAUCCUGCUGGCUCUGUAUUACUUUGCUCCAUCACCAGCGGGCUGCUGACUCUGGGACUUUUCAUCUUCAACCCAAUGUUAUUUAAGCCAGAAAGACACUCACAUUUCAUACCACUCCUUGUUCAUGUAAUGUAAUCCAGAAGGAUCAUGACUAAAUGGCCUUGCAGGAGCACUGAGUCUGACCUUUUUAAUAGAACUUAAGCUGUUACCUAAAUUAUACAAAUGACAAAACUGAAUUGUGUAUAAAACUCAGGUAGGUCCUUUUUCUUUUUACCUGUACAAACAGAUUACUCCUACCACUGUACAGCAUGUAGCCAAUAUACCUAAAUAUUUUACUUCAUACUCAUGGAUAGACAAGAAAAGCAGCAUUUUUACAAUAUAGAUCUAUAUUGUGAUGUUAAAUAUCUGUACUAAUUGUAUUUUGUUUAGGAGAUAAAGUUGUAAUACAUUUUU